CAAGGAACCAUCGAGACUCUUCUUAGCUCGACCUUAGUCAUAAUUGGCGUAAUAAUCGAGGGUUAGGUUUUUCGUGAUUUUCACGUGCUUUUGUCGCGUUUAUUGUUCGAGAAGUAAGUUGGAGUGGAUCGGUAUUGGUAAUUGGUAUUCGUGUAACCCGGAAGCCUGAAGGCAUAGUUUCUACGAGCUAUUUGAAUGGUAUUUGUUAAGAGAAUAUGUCGAUACAGGUUACAGGUAUCAUGUUUGGCGGUAAGAAAUAUACCGAAAUAUACCGAAGAUAACCGAAGUGCACCGAAGUAAAUGAUACCGAAGAUGAUAUAAAGUGAAAUUGAUGUAAUUACCGCCAUUUUAAAAUUUAACUUGCGAGAAUAAGUUAGCGCUAUUUAUAGCGCUAGAGUUAUUUUUUUUAUGUUCAUAGUUUAUUAAAAAGAAUGAGAUUUUUCAUCGAAAGAAGAUCGAAGAUUCUGUCAAAAGCUGAGUAUGGAAAACUUAAAGAAUAGAGAGAUGCGCGGUUUAUUACGAAACGACAUCACGAAAGAGUCUCUAGUUCAUUGUGGUUUCACGAACAAUUUUUGCAUUUGUCCCAGGCUUCCAAACCUUGGGAAUAAACUGCAUCACAUAAUUUCUGCAUAAUACACUGACAAUCAGGCUGUCAUCAUGUUUGUCAAAUUACAAUGUACUGUCAUUGUGCUUGUUGAAAAUCACCUUGACAUUAUGCAAUAACCAUGAAUUUUGAUGGUCUUUAUUAGUAUUUUGAUAUCUAGUAUCAUGAAAUUAUCAUAUAACUUUUAAUUAUAUCGAUAACUUUCCUACUCUGCAUUGUUAUUUAUAGAAGCUUCCGGGUGCAGUCCUUGUCCUUUUGGUAUCGAUUGUAUAUCCAGGUCGUGAAAGCCUCGAAGAUUUCUAUCUCCAUUCAAAUGUUUAAAUAUCACUUUCACUGUUCGAUAUGAUCAAAUGAUUUAUCUACGUUGAAUAAAACAAAGCAAUGAUUAGCAUCUGUAUGUUUUGUAGUUCUGACGGAAUCUGUAAUAGAAGCUUCAACGGAAGUGAUACGUUGAAUCUAUUUGAAACAUUUGAUACUUUCUAAAAGAAACAAAAUAUAAGAAUGGUUUCUAUUUGUUUAAAAUUGUCAGUGGUUUGAAAAAUUUGCUAUCAUCAAUUUAUUAGUUUAUUUAUUGCCAAGUUACAGUAUAUUAUCCCCUAAAAAUAAUUUUUAUGUCAAGAGGGAUUGUUUUAGAUAUCUCGCGAUGUUCUUAGAAUUCGCAAGAGGAGGAAGAAUGCCAGAGGAAGUAGUCUAUGAACUUACGUUACGUACAUGCUUCCGUUAUUAGUUAUAAAUAACGGGUGAAAGCGCACACGUGUACACGUUUAAUUAUUGCAGGACAAAAAGCAAUUCUGGGGAGCAAUUGGUGAAGGAGGAUAAUCAAUAAAGUAUUGUUGCGUCUUGACGGUCCCGUAAUGGCGGUUAUUAAGUUACGGAUGAGAAGUAGCAGCUUCCGAUGUCGAAGAUAAGACGUAAAGUAUUAUAGAAAAGUGAGAAACGAUGUAGACGAGAAAUUAUACAGUAGAGUGAAAUAAUUAUAACAAUUACGUUUGAAAGGCAAGGAAAGAUAAAAAUUAAUAAUAGUACUUAUACUAUAUGCAUAUAUUAGUAAUAGUCUUAUAACAGUUUGUAACAAUUCUAUGUAGAAAUAUCGUAGUAGUAUAGGAAAUAUCUACAAGAAGGAAAAAUUUAUGAUAAGCAUACUUAUGUAUUUUUCGUAUACAUUCUUUAUGUAUAUUUAUAAUUUUCCUAACUUGUAAUUUAUGUAAAUUUCAUGGUGCAUCGAGAUAUUACAAUUACACUACGAAUACGAGGACAGAAAAUUAUCUGGACAAUUACCCUGUAAGACAAGGGGAAAAUUAAGCAGGCAACACGGCAGGCAAAAUUGUAUUGUUUAAGGUGCUGUGACUUCCAUUUUCCGGUUUCUUGCAAUGAUUUAAUUUAUAAGACGUCUGUGACAAACGAAACCUGAUUCGACAGAAAUGGGAAUUUCAACAGCGAAUCACGAUAUACAGGUGUACCUGUCUUCUUUUUAUCUUAUCACGAAGAUAUAUCUUUCAAAGAGUAUUACAAUCUAUAAAACACGUUGAUCGACGAAAGUGUGUACUCUGAUAUUUGAGGAGAAAAACCACAGCUUUCCGGGUGCAAUUUCAUAAUAAUAUACCGAUAUUUCAUGAUUAGAAACGUUUGCCAAGUAAGUAUUGUUAAAUUUACUUCCGUUUGCUGGAAGUACAUUAAAAAAAGGUUUGUUUUUUCUUGAAGAUUAUUGUAUGUAUAGAGACGCGAAAGAAUGAAAAAUUGCGAUUAUAAUUUAGAGUAUUCUAGGUAAUUUGUUCUAUGUAGUAUCGCGCGAGUUUGAUUUUUUAUUCUUUAAACCGAUGAUCGAUUCUUUUUAUAUUACUCGACAAUUGUAAUUAUUUUUGCCUAAUAGGAACAGCUUUAGAAGAUUGUAAGAGGUGCCUUACUUCAUCGAUGGAAUUGGGAACAAACGGUUGCUUGGAUGUUCUGCAUGACGAAGAAAGUAAUGGUUAUACACUAUCGUCCAUAAGUUUAGGGUCACGCCUGCAAUUCUAGCAAUAUUACUAGUUUACUAGCACGAUAUAAUAUCACUUAAAUUUGCGAGAAACAGUGUUUUUUAGUUUCUUUUAAAAUUCUCUUAUAUUUCUAUUUCAAUACUUUAUGUCUCAAAAGAGGUACUUGAACAAAGUCUUUUCAAAUUGACAAUUUAGAAAAAUGCAGCUCCAGAAAAAUUUUCUCUUGAAAUUAAAAAAUUUUAAUUUCAAGCUAACUUACUCUUAAAAGUCAUAUCGUAAAAGAAUGAAAAUUCCUUUUUUGAAAUGAGGAAACUAGAAGAAGAAACUUAGGAUAUAGAUGCUUCUUAAAAGUUAUCUUUAAAUGACUAAAUCAUAGAAAGCUUUUUUAUAAAUUCAUUUGUCAUACAUACUAAACAAUUUUGCAUGAAACGAAGCAUUGUACUUCUGGACGAUAGUGUACUAUAGCCGUACGAAGGAAGAAAGUUCGGCUCGGGCAUCAUACAAGGAAGAGCAUACAUCUCGAGCAUUGUGGUAGUCUGAAUCCGCUCAUGUUCCUUAAAAGGAAACAGAUAAGCAGAUUGAAACUCGUUUUCGAUGGUGAGCGGAGAAAGGACGAAUGGUGAUCGCGUUUUCGUUGCCUCGAGCCAUUUGAAAAAUAUUUUACCGGCUAACUACUUACGUAGUAAAAACUAACCGGAAAAGAGGUAUCUGAUUCCAUUUGAUCGAUGAGCAAAUUUGAUUUGUCAGUUCUUUUACUUGGUUUCGAAACAAAGUUAAUCACUCCACAACGGUAUUCCAACAUUUAGGUACAUGUUUCUUCCAGAUAUAAUAAGAUAGAUAUUUUGAAAUUUCCAAUUUACAUAAAACAAUAGAAAAAUAGUUUUAUUUGGAAGAAAGAUUUCUUGAGAUUUUCUCAUAAAAUUUGAGUAGCUUCUUCUCUUCUAUUUCAUCAAUGUAUCAGACGAGAAGCUUCCUAAAAAAAUGGUCUAGAGAUCCAGGAUAAAAAAGAAUAUUCAUAGUUGAAUUAGUAGGAAAAUUGAAUAUAUUUUAUAAAUAUAAAAAACGUUCCUUAAGGACUGUUCUAAUUAACAAUUCGAAUGUAGCUAAUAUUAAAAAAAAUUACAACUAGAAUUUUCAACUCAAUUUACUAAACUUCAACAUUUUAUUUUAUGAGCCUUUUCCCAAAAGGUUUCUCAAUUAUUAUUCGUUAAAUCUUCUAGUCUUAAUAUUGUAAUCUUCUCCAAAAAAAUUCCUUAGAUUCCAAUGUUUUUUCAGUAUACGACAGUUGUUCUCUUUCCAGUAGCGCGUUUUAAAAAUUAGGAAAUCUAUUGCAGCGUGCCGGUUCAUUUCAUUCAUAGCACUUCCGCGAGCAUUCUACACGACAACUAAAAACGAUUUAUUAUCGGAAGUAAGUGCCGAAAUUGUUUGUAAAACGGUACGAUGCGCUUUUGCGCGUUCCCCGGAACGUUCGAGCGGAACUGGUACAACUUGAUGCUCGUUCGAGCGUUUCCGUUCGUUUCAAUGGUGUUAAGUAACUUUCCGACGUAUCGAUUCGCUUCUUUUGCCUUUCUGUUCAAAAACUGUUCAUGUAAUCUUUCUUCGAAGCAUUUCUCUCGACAAAAGAUGUCGAUUGAUUUGAUUGAAAAACCAGCUUGUUAUCUUAUUACAUCUAUGCUAUUUUCUGUAUAAUGUACUUUUUCUGCUCCUUAAUGUUUUCUCUCUAUUUCUUGGAGUAUUAAUUUGUCCAUUAGAAUUAAGAAACUAGAAUUAAGAAAACAUAUUUCUUUAUUAGAAUCGAAUGUUGUUUUGGUUUAAUCAUACAUCUCGUAUCUUGGUAUUUUUAUCAAUCAAAUCUAACUCAACGUGAUUCGUCGUAUUUUAAUUAUAAAAACAAAUUUUUAAUCUUGAAGAUCACAUAGUGUGGAAUAGUCGAUAAUGUAUAAAUAUUAAAAUUAACUACUAGUAUAUUCUAUAAACGUUUGGACUGAAAAAAAUAUGUUUUCUUUCACUUCCCGGUUCUAUCGUUCUACGUAUUUUUAAUGUUCUCUCGAUAAGAAUACAUGACCCGUUAAUCACUAUUAUUAACAAUUCUACAUAAUACUUAUAGAAAGUUUCCUGAUUGUUUUAAUUCCGAUACAAAAUAAUACGUUCCGUAAUUUCACAUCCUUUCUCCUUUCUUCUACUAAAAAUAACACAUUUUUUAAUUUGCAUCUGAAACGAUUGCCUGAAUUGGAUCUGAACGAUUCCUAAACCAACAGACAUCUACUCGAUACAGAUUUCUAUCGAUCGUUGGCAAAAAUCCCAACAAAAUGGAAAACAAAUGCAGGUUCCAGUUGAGGAAGGCGUCAAGAGAAGACAGAAGUGGGUUCGGAACCGACGUUCACCGUCCUACCUGUACGUCUCCCACCUGGUCUAUGCCUGAGGAACUCUUCCCCGACUGGAGAAGUAAAACUCUCAGACGUUUUCCGAUCUCCAACAGUCCCGAACUCGUCCUCGUCAACGUGUGAACUUGUGUCAGCUAAGCAGGUCUGACGCGUCUUCGCUAUUGUCCUCUUGUUUUCGUUUCUCCGCUAACACGAGAAAAGCUCGACCAUUCUUUCUUUCGAUAAAACGACCCGAGAACCUUAUUUUCCCUUAGAACAACGCUUUCGUUUUGAUCAACGAAACGAUUUCGUUCUCCGAAUAUAUUUCCAAGAUAUACCUAUCUUUCUUUUUUUUUUUCGUUUAAUUUCUAAAUCAUGGUUCAAUUUGUAAAUUAACCGAUUCGUUGUAUUUACGAAGAAAGGAAAGAUAUACGCGAUAUUUGUUUGAGGGAAGUUUAUAGAACGAGGAAGCAGUGUAAAAUUAUUUGGUUUAAUAAGCCUGCUGUAACUUUGUAAGUAAAUUUGAAAGUCGACGGAUAUUGGAGAAGAAAGAAGAAAGAGACGUAGUGGGGUGUCGAUGUUCCGGUGGUGAAGUUCUUAGAAAAAGGUAAACCGUGUGUGAACGCUGCUCGAUAAUCGAAGAGAAAGGAGGAUCGUUGACGUAAUGAGGCGGAGGAAUGUUUUGUGCUUCCUGUGGAUCACCGCGAUCCUGAGGAUACAAGGUUUCGUAGCUGCCGAGGCUGACCCGGCGAUUCUCUCAGGGACCGAUUUGGCUCAGUUCCAACAGAGUCAUCCAUCGCAUGAUCCACGGCCGCGUCUCUCAGCCUCUCAACAGGCUCAAAUAUUGAGCGACGUUCAGCAACACCAGCAACGUUUCCGUCGACCCCAAGACGCGACCAAUUCUCGAGGAUCCUUCGAUCAAGUUGCCUCCAAGCCGCAAACUAGCGCAUCUUAUCCAUCCCUGGCCAAAUACAAAGUAGAUCGCGCAAAACAGCAACAACUUCAACAGCUGUACCAACAGCAACAACAAGUACAGCAAUUGAUACAAGAACAGCAACAAAAAAUAGCUCAACAACUCAGCAAUCCAAACUACUUGAACGCUCAGACUCAAUUCCAAUCUCAACCAGCCAAGCAACAAUUUCCACAGCAAUUUAGCAGCCAGUAUCAGAACACCAAUAGCCACUUUCAGAACCUUCAGCAGGACUUGUCGCAACCUUUGUUCAGCGAUCGACAGACGUUACAGCUGCAAGAAUAUCUAGAGAAGCAACGUGAGUUGGAAUUGGUGCAAAAGCAAAGGCAACAAUUAUUAUUGGAACAACAGGAGCUACGAAGGCAGCAGGAGCUUCUGAGACUCCAACAGCUUCAGAAACUCACGUCGACUACUCCUUUGCCAGUUCCUGUCACUUCUGCCAGCACGAUUGCUGUCAGCACUGCAACGUCUCCUGUUCUCGUAUCGCUACCAACAGCGAGAAAAAUCACUUCGUCCGAAACAGAUCUGUUCCUGAAAGCGAUAGCUACUCACCAGAAGAAGUUCUCUACGACCACACCAAUUCCACCAACAACAACGACAACUGCGAGGACCACAACGACCAUCAAACCGACCAUCGUCACUGCAGUCUCACCCAGAACGUACCAGGAAAAGAUAACGGUCACUCCCACUAUCCCAGAGAAUUUAUUGAGCUUGAUACAGGAGCAGCAGAAUCAGUUUGUGCAACAAGGUAAGCCAAAGCCUCAGAUCAAGGUUAUAUAUCAGACUGAGAAGCCAGUGACCUCGAAGACCGUCACGACGAAGACCAGGUCUGCUUCCUUAGGAUCGGAAAGAGACGUCUUGUUGAAACAACUGAAGCUGGCUCUGGCUCAAUCUAUCGACGACGACGUGAGGAACGUCAGUACCAGGGACAUAGUUCUUCCCAACGGAAAGAAGAUUCAAUUAAUUGAUUCUUCAAGCAGCUUAACGUCUAAUCUUCCUACCGAUGGAUCCACUUUAACUAUGUCUACUUUGGCGCUGACUACUUCGACGACGACUAUCAAGCCACCGAAAGCUAUUUUCGAAGAGCUGACUAGGGGCGUGCUUCCCCCUGGAGCUGAUUUUGAGGUUAUUAGACAGAAGAGCGACGGAAAGCUGGAGGAAAUUGGAAAAGCACCGAUUCAGAGUCUACCAGCGAAGAAGGUGACGUUUGUGGUAUUGGAAGAGCAACCCGAUGGCAGUUACAAAGUGCAAGGGGUGAAAGGGAACGCGGAGAAAGAGGGAAGCGAGGUCGAGUCUAUCGUGGAGAAGAUAAAGAAAGGAGAGUUAAAGUUGCCACCGAGUUCUUCGAAUCCGACGACUGCGACUUCGCUUCAGAAUUUCGGAUCCGGCUUGGAUCCAAAUUCUAUUUCGACGAGGCAGAGUGCGACAGCCUCGAGUCAAAGUAUUGCGUCUACUAGCCCUAGAUCGACUACUCCGAGGUCUACUUCUAUUUCGUCGAGGUACACGGAGAGCAAACCGACGGAAUACUUCCCUCACGUGACAAUUUCACCAAAUUCCGUGCCCACGACGGACAAGUAUCUGUCCUCGGCAUCGAGCGUCACCAGCCACGUGUACAAUUCACUUGGAAGCGUAAACACAACCCCUAAAUUGACCUCCUUGGAUCACGAUAGUCGAGUGACGUCGAAAUAUCCAAGUGUAACAAGGAGUCACUUCAUCCCGACCAUGGCUCCGGUCAAUGAAAUCAUUACAACGACACUUCCAUCGGUGCCGACCACUUUCUCGCAUCAGUCGACCAAUUCCUACAUUCACUUCACCACCAGGCCAACCGGUGAAACUUCGCCGACCCUCAAGACGAUCCCGACCACCACGAGACCGUCGUCCACCUUACACAACGAGAAUAUAAUCUAUCAGGACAGCUUUGAAAGGUCCACCAUAUCAUCGGCGAUCGAAUCACCUUCGACCAGGAGUCAGAUACACGAGAGUUUGAACACGUUGUUUAGGAGGGAAGGAUUGUUCGCCAUGGCUAAAUAUUUGAGACAGUCGGGUUUGGACAACGUAUUGAACGAAACUGGGCCGUACACGAUAUUUGUACCGACAGACAAAGCUUUCAGGACGCUUUUGGUGCAACUUGGUGGUCCAGAAAAGGCAGAGCAAAAGUUCCGAGAUAAUCCACGACUUCUUAGCGGGUUACUGCUGCACCACGUGAUACCAGGAGCCUUCAGGAUCGAUUCGUUGCAAGAUGAAAUGACUGGUGUUAGCUUAGCUGGAACGCAAUUAAGAGUGAACGAAUACGCAAUGCACGACCACGAAUGGAACGACAUCAAGCAGGUGACAACGAUAAAUGGCGCGAAAGUGGCAUCGAAUAAACGGGACAUCGAGAUACCACAGGGUGUCGCCCACGCUGUUGAUAGGGUGAUGUUUCCUCUUCCGGUUGGCGAUUUGGUGCAAACGUUGCAGGCUGACCGCGAGAGAAGAUUCACCAAUUUCCUUAAAAUGCUUUACAUCUCCGGUCUUCAAGAUACUUUAUCAGGACCUAAAACUUUCACCGUUUUCGCACCAACGGACUCCGCUUUCGAAUCAUCUUCGAAGGACGGAGCACCGGUUUGGACGGAAGAAGACGGACCAGAAGCUGCGAAAACGAUUGUUUCGAGACACGUGAUUCCAUCUACCCUAUACACAGCUGGUAUGAGGUAUUAUUUGCAAAAGGAUACCCUUCGUCCUCAGUCACCUGUUCAUAUUCACAAAAACGGUGGUCGAGUACGAGUGAACGAGGCGCAUGUCGUAACACAUAAUAUACCAGCAACAAAUGGAGUUUUGCACGCAAUUGACGGCAUACUAUAGCCACUACACAACAUCGGUUACGUAGAUCGGUUACAUUCAGUUUGAAAAGUUAGGCGUCUUAAGAGGAAAUGCAUAUAUCAGUCACAGUACACGAAAAAUAUUUAUAUUCUUAUACUUAUUACUUCUUUGCGAUUUGCUAAAGAAAAAUAUAAUAAUAAUCUUAGACUAGGUUUGCACUACGUGAUAAUCUAAUAAUAAUUUAUGAAUAAUAUACUAGCCUAAUAAACGUUCUGUUUUUAGAAAUAUGUAGUGAUAACGAGGAAAAUAAAAUUUUAGUAAAAGGAAAAAGAAUUUUUAACGCUUAGGGAUUAUUGCAGUAAAUCGCAAAGAAUUAAAGUAUUCGUCUCAAAAAGAUCGUAAUCGAGACAAAAACGUAGGUAUCUCGGGAAAGGAAGAAAAGAUAAAUCUCUAGAACUAUCAUUAAGUUCAACAAUAAGGAUAAAUCGACAGGAUUUGCCAUAGAUGUUGUGAAAUUGCAUAAAUGUAAUGGGAUCUUUUUUAAGGCAUAAACAAAUAGAAAGACUAAUUUAUAUAACAUAGAUGCGUGUUAAUCGCUCAUGUUGCUACGCAAGCUAUACGAGCCACUAAGUGCGAAAAAUUAAUUGCCUAAUUGUAUAGAAUGGUAACGCAAUACCAUGAUUAGUAUUAUUAUAGUAUGUAUUAUUUUAUAAAUAAAUGUACAGUCUAUGUUUUUUCAUAA